GGGCCCGGGGCUGCCAGGAACCCGCGACCGAGCAGAGCGCUCCAGGUGCCGCGAGGCCUAGGCGAGUCCAGCGGGCGAGGCCCCGAGAGGCGCGGCGCGGGGCGGGCAGCCGACGCCCGGGGCGGCCGGCCGAGCUCGGGGGCGCCCAGGCGGGCCGCGGUGGGCGGCGGCGGCGCGGGCUCCGGACGCCUGGGCUCCGCUCCCCCGCCCGCCCGCCCGAGCCAGCCGCGGGCGCCCGGCGCCUCCCCCGGAGCCCGGCCCGCCGCCGCGGCCCGCGGAGGGAGCCGCCGCCGCCGCCAGGCCGCGCCCCGCCCCUGCCGCCGCCGCGCCCCCGGUGAGGCUCGCGCUCGAGCUGCGGCGCCGGCUGCCGCCGCCUGGGCCCCGGGCCCGGCCCCUCCCGCGCCGCCCGGGCGAUGAGAAGCUGCUUCUGCGUGAGACGGAGCCGGGACCCGCCGCCGCCGCAGCCGCCGCCGCCGCCGCCCCAGCGGGGAACAGACCAAUCCACCAUGCCUGAAGUCAAAGACCUUUCGGAAGCCUUGCCAGAGACGUCCAUGGACCCCAUCACGGGAGUCGGGGUGGUGGCUUCCCGGAACCGAGCCCCAGCAGGCUAUGAUGUAGUGGCACAGACGGCAGAUGGCGUGGAUGCUGACCUCUGGAAAGAUGGCUUGUUUAAGUCCAAGGUUACCAGAUACCUGUGUUUCACAAGAUCAUUUUCCAAAGAAAAUAGUCAUUUGGGGAACGUGUUAGUGGACAUGAAGCUCAUUGACAUCAAGGACACACUGCCCGUGGGCUUCAUCCCGAUUCAGGAGACGGUGGACACACAGGAGGUGGCUUUUAGAAAGAAGAGGCUGUGCAUUAAAUUCAUCCCCCGGGAUUCAACUGAAGCUGCCAUCUGUGACAUUCGGAUCAUGGGCCGGACCAAGCAGGCCCCUCCUCAGUACACGUUUAUUGGGGAACUGAACAGCAUGGGGAUCUGGUAUCGAAUGGGCAGAGUGCCAAGAAAUCACGACUCAUCUCAACCCACAACACCCUCGCAGACUUCGGCCGCCUCUACCCCAGCCCCCAACCUCCCCAGGCACAUCUCUCUAACGCUCCCUGCCACCUUCCGAGGCAGGAACAGCACCCGCACGGACUAUGAGUACCAGCACUCCAACUUGUAUGCCAUAUCAGCAAUGGAUGGUGUGCCUUUUAUGAUUUCAGAGAAGUUCUCCUGUGUUCCAGAAAGUAUGCAGCCCUUUGAUCUCUUGGGAAUCACCAUCAAAUCUCUAGCAGAGAUUGAAAAAGAGUACGAGUACAGCUUCCGCACAGAGCAGAGCGCCGCGGCCCGGCUCCCGCCCAGCCCCACCCGGUGUCAGCAGAUCCCUCAGUCCUGAGGAGCCAGUGGCCUUCCGCGGGGAGAAGACGCCUCGCCCCGUGCCCACACUACUGACCGGGCGGCUGGGGCUGCGGCCGCUCCCCGCCCCGCCACCAGCCCUUCCUCCCACCCCCACGACUCACCCGAAGACCCUGGGCAGCUGAGUGUGACCUCCGGUCACUGGCUUGCCUGACGAGACCCCCAGCCUCCCUGGGGACGUUGCUCACGACUGCGACUGAUGUGUGUGUGUUGUAGUGACCGGCGGCUCCUGGCAUGUCUGUGUGACGACCAGUCGUGCUACCAAGCCUCCCCACCUGGAGUCACUCCGAGGGCCCGGCCGUCGCUCCGGACGCCCAGUGACGCACACUGGCUCCUUUUCUCCUGUCACUCACCACGGGAAUCCCACAAAGCCAUGUCACCCUCCUGGAAGACCAUGAGGCUGGACGCUUCACGUUGGACCCUCUGGGACUGUGUCACCUUUGACCCAGGGCUUUGGGGAGCAGGUCCCUCUCACCAAGAGGCCCAAGUACCCCAAGCAUUUCACAGCAACCCUGAGAAAACGUGGGUGGGAGAGGCCAGAGGGCCCAGUCCCACUUUGGACAACUGUGGACUCUCCACUUGGUGCAUGACUGGACGCCAGAGGCCCUGCCACCAGCAUGGGGGGGCCCCACUUCCUGAGGGGACGGUGGGGUGACCAGGCACCUGCCCAGGCGUGAGUGCUGCUUGCCCACAUGCCUUUCCCAGACGGCCAGACUGGAACACUUCGGCCAGCCCAGCUCCACCUGCCGCAGCCAGUGACCUGACCCAGUGACCACGGGGACAUGCCCCACAGGGCCACCACAGGCAGUGACACAGGUGCCCAUCACUGGAGGGACGUGGGCACGUUGCCCAGGCUCCUCAGCCAGGCUGUCUCCGUGGCAUCUGCUGACAGGGAGACAGGUCAUCUUUAAGAGCCCCCUGACCCAGGCCUCUGAAUCCAGCCAGAGCCAACCUUGUCCCCAGGGUCCACUGGAGGCACCCAGCUCAACCCACACGUCUGCCAUGAGAACAGUCUCCAGUGCCAUCUCUGGGUCUGGCCCGCGCCCCGUGGGCAGCUUGCCGGGCUGGCUGUGAGGGCCUGCCCCAGUUCCCCAGGACGCGGGCGCCUGACGCCUUUGGGUCCCCAGAGGGGGCUCUGGACGUGAGGGUUGCUGCGUGUCAGAGGCCCACGGACAGCGUGGCUGUGGGCAGCAGCUGCCUCGGCCCGUACAGACCCCAUCAGCUGAAGUUCCAGAGAUGUCCACCUGCCGAAGGAACCAGAGAAAGCCAAAAGUUUGGCUGAGAGCCAGCGUGGGGCCCAAAAUACCUCACUGCCCGUGUCGCCUCGGCUCCGGACCCUCGCCACCCCUUGUGGACCAGCCUUCUCCUCGGGCAGCUCUUCAUCUUCACUCGGUACCUCUUCGUCUCUGUGUGUUACAAGGGCCCCCUCCCCUAAGACCUAAGGACACCCUAUGGAGGUGACCCUCCCACACUUCUGGGCAGCACGUGUCAGGGAAAGGCAGUUAGCUCCCUGCCGGUGCCCAGAAGGACCCAUGGCAGGCUGGUGCUUAACCAGGAGGGCUGGCGGACAGCCUGGCGUGUCCACUAGAAACAGCCGGCUGUGCUCCUCGGGCGGCCCAAGAACCUGUCUACUGCUGCUUUUUGAUGGUGGCUAGUCCAAAACCAAGUGGCCUGCGCAGCUGAGGCUGGACAGAGGGGUGAGGCCCGGGCCAGCAGGAGGGCUAACGGCAGAGCCUGGGGCUCCACACUUGGUUUGGGCAUGUACGCUUUGUCCUGCGACCUCUUUCCGCCCCGAUUGGGAGAUCACCUGCAGCAGGUAACCGGGGCUUCCUCCACGGUGGAGGUGCUGCAGCUCCGCAGCUCCCCUGGGCCCUUGCCAGCCACAGGGUGGUCAGGGCCGCCAGGAAGAGGCCACACUGUGGGCCCAGGCCGGCUGGAGAGGCCUCCGGUGGCAUCAUGGACUCAGUUUAAGCAGCUUGACUUAACCGUGACUGUGAAGGCGGUGGUACGGCAGCUGAGCUGGCGAGUGCGAGGUCGAGUCCUGCCCGGUGGAGGGCAGGCUGCUCCCCACCUGGUCCUUGCUUCUGGGAGCUGGACAGGAAUGGGCCAGCGUGCGGGUGGCGGCGUGUGCGUGCACCGCCUCAGCACUGCCGGGAGCGGCGAGCCGGGGGCCUCUAGAGUCUUUGGGGAGAGUGCUCUGCCCACCAACCCCUGGCCUCUUCUGGAAGGAAGGACAAGGAUGCCCUUGGCCACGUGAAGGGCCACAGCCUCUCCCUUGGGUUCCCCGCAGCACGUCCCACAGAUGCUGCGGUCCCUGCCCAGUACCCGUCCCCCUGAACAGAAUAACCAGAGCACAGCUCCCACAGCCCCACCCCUGCUAUGAAAUCCAGUCCCCUCCUGAGACCUUGCAGAUGGCACAAAGUUGACAAGGAGUGGCUUGCUCCAGGUCCACCUACAGACUUAUCAUAAGGCCUUUUUUUUACCCCAAAUCCAAGAACUGAUGCCUGCCACACCCUCCACCAUUGGAGAGAUGAGACCCCUCGUCUCAGUAAAGAAAUCACAGCUCCGUGCUACCCUCGCUCUGUGGCCAGAGCGGUGUGGCCUCCAGUGACCAAGCUCAUUUUGUAGGGAAAAGCUGCAGACACUGGUCAGUGGCCCCUGUGGGAGGACAGGCUGACAUGACCUGAGCCGCCCUCUGCCCGGGACGACCGGGCAGUCCAGGAACUUUCUCCCAUCGCUUCCCCCCAAACAAAACCCAGUGGUUCAUGUUCCCUGCUGCCUGUUGCAGAUGGGGAUCCUGAGGUCGUGCCUGGCACAGGCUGGUAAGUGGCAGAGACAGGAUCUGGCCCCCAGGCCCACUGGGCCAAUGUCCUCUCAUAAGCACAUGCCUCAGGCUGACCUUGUUUGCAGUCCUGUGGUGACUUCCUGGCUGCCACUGGGCCCUGCCAGUCACACGCUGAACAUGGUCCACCCCUAGGCGAGGGCUCCCCAGUCUGCAGGCUGCAGCUGCCCCACCACUAACGUGUUUGGGGUUCCCAGCCCACAGCCAAGAACUAGGUGGGCAGAGCCUCGUCAAGCCCAGGUGCCUCCGAGCCAUAGAGAACCCGUUGAAUGUGGUUCACAGUCUGCCUGACGCUGGAGCCCAGAGGGGGGCUCGCCACUUGCUCCUGCCCCUGCACCCAGCCCCUGUCCAGCAGCCUAGAACCUCGGUCAGUUCUUUUACCUGCUGUGGGUGCAAACGCCAGGGACAGCUGCAGCCAUCACCCCAGGAGCCUGGGCUUUGUUGCCCCGACAGAGGGUGCACAGGCCACUGUGACCACUGGCCUCCAACAAGGACCUGGGGAAGGCACCCCCACUGCAUAUUUAUUCAAGGUGACUCUGUACUUGGCCAGGGAAGUUUCACUGUGUGGUUGUCUGUAUUCUUAAUAUAAUUUGUUAAAUAAACGUUUGUUUUAACCUC